GGGAGGGAGUUGCUUGAUCGUCUCAUUCCCUCCUCUUGAGGAUUAUAUAACCCGAUCCCCGCUGACACACUUUGUCAUUCGCCCCCUCAGACAGCGACGACAGCACACCAGACCGACUCUAACCAUGCCUCCAUACACCGCCACCUACUUCCCAGUCAAAGGCCGCCUUGGCGCCAUCAAGAUCAUGCUGGCCGACAAGGGCCAGGAGCUGAAGGAGGUGCUGGUGGGCAUGGAGGAAUGGCAGAAGGGGGACCUGAAGGCCACCUGUGUGUUCGGCCAGAUGCCUAAGUUCGAGGACGGAGAUCUGGUCCUGUUCCAGUCCAACGCCAUCCUGCGCCACCUGGGCCGUAACCAUGGAGCGUACGGGAAGGACUCCCGUGAGGCCUCUCUGAUCGACAUGAUGAACGACGGCGUCGAGGACCUGCGCUCCAAGUACAUCAAAUUAAUCUACCAGGAAUACGACACCGGCAAGCAAGCGUACCUCAAAGACCUCCCGAACAGCCUCUGCAAGUUUGAGACGUUCAUGGCUAAAACCAACUCCGGCUUUCUGGUCGGGAAAGAGGUGUCGUUCGCGGACUACAACCUGUUUGACCUGCUGUUGAACCACCUGGUUCUGUGCCCCAAGUCCCUGGAUAACUUCCCCAAACUCAAUGACCUGGUCAAGAAGAUGUCCGCCCGGCCUAAGGUCAGGGCCCUGCUGGACUCCGAAGCCUUCAAGAAGAUCCCCAUCAACGGUAACGGGAAGCAGUGAACCCACCACUGGACCAACUGUCAACCCCCACGUGGAAACGGGAAGCAGUGAACCCACCACUGGACCAACUGUCAACCCUUCGUGUUCGAUGACAUCACUGCAUAACUCAUGCUCUUUUAUAAACCAUCUACCAAUAAAAAAGAUUUACUUUGUCUCUA